UGGGUCCAGAUCAAAUAUGAUGCAACCAGUAGCUGACCUGCUCUAGUGGCAGAGUUUACGUUGAAAGCUGAAAGACUUGUUUUGCGUUUGUUUGGGUAGGAUAAAUAGUAAUGAUUGUAUGAGGAAGUUGCACAGGAAAUCAUAAAAUCUGAACACCCAACAGGAGAAACAACUGCUUCUCUCCUCCCACAAUGGUUCAGAGAAAAGUAACAAUUCAGCCACUCAUGCAUAGUAAGUCACAGGUGCCCUGGCAGACCUGACCGAGGAGGAGAGGUAUACCUCAGUGGGGAGUCAGAUUUUUGUCGUCUGAUCUAAAAGAGGAAAAACCAUGAGCUACGCUGAUUGGAUGUCGCAACUGCCAACUGAGCUUCACACCGUCCCUCUGUUCAAACUGGUCAUACCAGGAAGCCAUGACUCGAUGAGUUAUGACCUGGACAUCCACUCUCAAAUCAUCGAGCCCAAGAGACUGAGGAGGUUCAGCAGAAUCUACUGCCUACGUAAAAUCAUCCACACUUGGGGAGCUACUCAGGAGGUGUGCAUAACUGAGCAGCUGAAUGCCGGAGCUCGCUACUUUGACCUUAGGAUUGCCCGCAAGCCAAACGACACAAAUCCCACCAGGCUCUUCUUUUACCACGGCCUGUACACCCGAACCGAUGUUGAGACUGUACUCAGGGAAAUAAACACGUGGGCAGAGAGUCAUCCUAAAGAAAUCAUCAUCUUGUCUUUAUCCCACUUUGAGGGGUUUGACAAAAAUAUCUCCAAACAACUUCACGACCACCUCAUCACCUUCCUGAAAAACCUGUUUGGAAGCAAACUCCUCCCAAAGACGCACUCUCCCACCCUGAUGAGCUGCUGGAAUGAAGGCAAAAACAUCAUAGUCUCGUACGACCACAUACAACUUCAACCUGUGUUAUGGAGAAAAAUAAUUUAUUACUAUGGCAACAGCAUGGACCGUGCGGUAAUUACAGCCAAGCUCUGUCAGGCUUUGGAGAAGGAGAAAUCCUUCACGUAUUUCUUUGUCUGUGGCUUGAAUCCGACCCUACCUCACAACUCCGGAAUCCUCUGGUACAUCCUCCGCAUUUGCGACAACUUCACCAACGUCGUGCGAAGGGGCCUGCCAAAGCUGCUACGGUGGGUGAAGCAGCAACACGACAAGACGCCAAUGAACAUCGUCGCCUCAGACGUGGUGACCCGAGAUGAUUUUGUCGCAACGAUUGUGAAGCUCAACUUGAAACGGGCGACAGGACAAUAAAAACCUCUUUAGUUUAUUUGUUGUUGUUUUCUUUUUUGUGAGAUUAAUUUUUGCAUUUACUUCUCGACGCUUUACGUUUUGUCGACGCAUCGUUUGUUUUUAUCCUGGAGCCAAAUAAAUGCAGCAAUCUUUUGCAUGAAUUGGCAUCAGAUGGCAACAUUUAAAUGUAACAGAUUUAAUGCACAAUUGUCAUGUGAUUUCCAUAAUUAACUUUUUUUUAAGAGUUAAAAGUUCUGAUCAAAUUAAAGACAUUUACUUUGAGCACAAAGGCUUUACGUGGGAUUUGUUGUUUCUACAGCCUGAAUGUGACAACGCCAGAAAACAGGAAGGAAAUAGAGGAAGAGAAAAAGAGGAAAAGAAGGAGAAAAGGAAAGAACACAGUGAGGUGUGACUUGUAGAAGAAAGGAGAGAAAGUGAGGCGGUGAGCAAAAAAGGAAAGGCGUAAAGAAAAGCGACACGGAGUGAAAGAAAAACUUAACUGAUACGAGAAAGGAAUAGAAGUAGGACAUGAGGAACAAAAGAGGAAAUGUUCAGAGAAGGGAGUUUGAAAACAGGACUGUCAGAAGGGAGGGAAGGAAUGGAACAAGGUGGGGAAAUUGGUUUGUAAGAAAAGCAUAGAUGGAAGGAAAGCAGGAAGAAACAAGGGAGGAAAAAGAAGGAAUGGAAAAAAACAGAAGUUAGUUAACGUGAGCUGAAAUAUUUCUCAAAACUUCUAAUCUUCUUGAGUAUUUUUUGCCAGACU